GGCGAGGAGGUAGGCACCUGGCGGGGCUUCCCGGGUGGCAGACGCUGCCGCUGCGCACACCUGGCCCCCGUGCCUCCUGCUCCCUGCGCGUCCUCCCCUCCCCGCCCUCGCCUGCCCGCCUGCCCGCCUGCCGGCCUGCCCGCCAUGGACGGGCCCGCCGAGCCCCAGACCCAGGGCCUGUGGGACACCUACGAGGACGACAUCUCAGAGAUCAGUGAGAAGUUACCAGGUGAAUACUUCAGGUACAAAGGCAUUCCCUUCCCCGUGGGCCUCUACUCACCUGAGAGCAUCAGCACCGCAGAGUACGCACCCGAUGUUCGGGAUGACGACAUCUUCAUUGUCACCUACCCCAAGUCAGGCACCAACUGGAUGAUCGAGAUCGUCAGCUUAAUCCUGAAGGAUGGGGAUCCCUCCUGGAUCCGCUCGGUGCCCAUCUGGGAGCGGGCGCCUUGGUGUGAGACUAUCGUGGGUGCCUUCAGUCUCCCGGACCAGUCCCGCCCCCGCCUCAUGAGCUCACACCUCCCCAUUCACAUCUUUACCAAGGCCUUCUUCAACUCCAAGGCCAAGAUGAUCUACUUGGUCCGGAACCCCCGGGAUGUGGUGGUCUCCCUCUAUCAUUACUCCAAGAUCGCCGGGCAGUUGAAGGAUCCCGGCAAGCCCGGACAGUUCCUGCAGGAAUUCCUCAACGGUGAAGUGCAAUUUGGCUCCUGGUUCGACCACAUUAAGGGCUGGAUUCGGAUGCAGGGCAAAGAGAACUUCCUGUUUAUCACCUACGAGGAGCUGCAUCAGGACCUCUGCGGCUCUGUGCAGCGCAUCUGUGAGUUCCUGGGUCGGCCGCUGGGCGAGGAGGCGCUGGGCUCCGUCCUGGAGCACUCGUCCUUCCAGGCCAUGAAGGCCAACACCAUGUCCAACUACUCGCUGCUGCCUCCCAGCCUGCUGGACCAACGCCGUGGGGCCUUCCUCCGGAAAGGGGUCUGCGGGGACUGGAAGAACUACUUCACCGUGGCGCAGAGCGAAGCCUUCGACCGCGUCUAUCGCGAGCAGAUGCGGGGGCAGCCGACCUUCCCCUGGGACGAGGCCACGAAGGACGCCAUCCCGGACCCCGAGCCCAGCCCCAACCCUAGCCCCAGUCCCGGCCAGGCCCUCGAGACUCCGGACCAGUGACCCUGAGAAUAAACACGUGGCUACUGCCGGCGCCCCGGCUCCUUCGUGCGCUUUGAGGGUGGUGGAA